GCCCUCGCAUCCCGCCAGAACACCAAACCGGGACCAGGGCAGGCCAAACGAAGUCACGUACCGUACAGUCCCGGUUCAAGGCACCAUGGGUUCUGUCGUCCCUGCGCCUUCAUCGUCUGCAUUAGCCUGCAUGCCGCAGAAGAUGCCCCAGUCAUCAGUCGUUCGGAUGUACCUGGUUCCUCACGGAAUCUGCAGUGAGCGGUCCGCCGGCGUCAUUGCUGCCUUCACGCCGCAGCGACCAGAUGACGCCGCGAGGACUGGGAAGGCCAUUGGGGCCUAUAAGGCUGCCGUGAUGCCCUCCUCGUUCUCAUCUUGUUGCCCUUCUUGCCUUACAACAAACACGUCGAGUACUCGCACGGAAGAAGCCGAGAUGUGCUACCAGUUGGUUGAGCUCUACUCGGCAUGCCGAUGCCUCUACUACCAGCAUGCUGUUGACCGGUGUGCGGCCUAUGGUCGGCCAGGCCACGGCAUUCAGCGGAAGACGAUAUUAGUUGGCUACGCCUGCAGCGAGCAUUCAUCACACGCCCCUGGAGGAUACGACUACUCGAGCUCCCAGUACUCGGACUCGGGCUACUACUCGGGCCGGUCAUCCAGGAGCUCCCGCGGCCACUACCGGUGA